AUGGGCAUUUCUUGCUUGUAUAGUCUACUGUUAUUCCUAGUUUUGAUUUCCUCAACCGGUCAAAUUCUGUCAUGUCUUGCUGAUCCCACAGAUGGGUUCACUGAGAUACCAUUAACUGAUCGAAAUUUUGAUCUGCAGAAGCCAUACAAUGUACCGCUCAAUGAUCGAUACAGCUAUCAAAAUGGAGUGAGGAGACUAUGGGUUUACACCAAUGACAAGCCCUUUAAACCGGAUACUACUACCAGACCACGCACUGAAGUCCGAAUUAAGGGUCUUGACUACUCUUCUGGAGUUUGGCAAUUUGAAGGCUAUGCAUACGUUCCUAAAGCAACUUCUGGAGUGACAAUAAUGCAAAUUCAUGGUGCAAGAGUUGGUGCUACAAGUCUCCAACUGAGGAUCUACGACGGUGAUAUGAAAUAUUACAAGUUCGCAGUUGUUGACACAAAUCUAUACGACAAAUGGUUUCGAUUAAACGUAAUCCACAACGUAGAUGAAGGAAAAAUCACUGUUUUCAUCGAUGGUGUUCAAAAAUUUGUGAAGAAUGAUCAGGGGCCUGGUGACUUGUACUUCAAGUGUGGAGUUUAUGCUUCACCAGCUAAUUCAAGCAACUAUAUGGAAUCAAGAUGGAGAGAUAUCAAGAUAUAUAAAAAAUGA